CGGCCGACUGAAGAAGUGAAAAGUGAAGAUUGACUUGACACACCUAACACUAAACUGCAGCAACAAUGGCGGCUUCAGCUUGCGCCGUCGCAUUUGGUGGAGGUGCUGCCGCUCUCACUCCGCGCGCUUCUACCGCACGCGCCACCAAUGUUCGCCGUGCAGUCCUCCCUGCCACCCGCCUCGCUUCAAUCCGGCCGGUUUCCAAUCUCUUCGCGCCGACCACCCCUGCUUCCAGAAGGCUCCACAAGCCGCGGAUAUUCCUUCCACACCUGGUCGCUUCCAUGGAGGACGUGGAGGAGAGUUACGUUAUGAUCAAACCAGAUGGCGUUCAACGAGGCCUGGUUGGAGAGAUAAUUUCAAGGUUUGAGAAGAAAGGCUUUAAGUUGAAAGGCUUGAAGCUUUUUCAAUGCUCAGAAGAAUUAGCAAAGGAGCAUUACAAAGAUCUGCAAUCCAAACCAUUUUUCCCUAAAUUGGUGAACUACAUUACAUCUGGCCCUGUUGUUUGUAUGGCUUGGGAAGGAGUCGGUGUUGUUGCAUCAGCGCGCAAGUUAAUUGGGGUGACAAAUCCUCUCAAUGCCGAGCCAGGCACAAUUAGAGGAGAUCUUGCAGUUCAAACAGGAAGGAAUGUGAUUCAUGGGAGUGACAGUCCCGAGAAUGGCAAAAGGGAAAUAGCUUUGUGGUUCGGUGAAGGAGAAGUAUGUGAAUGGACGCCGGUCCUCGAGCCUUGGCUCAAAGAGUAGUUUUUUUCUUCUUCGACAACGAUGAGGAUGACAACACAGCUCACCUCCAGAGCUUUUUGUCUGCUGCCAUUAACUGAAGGAGCUUCAUAAUUCAGGUUUUUCGGGUUUUUUUUUCUUUUUUUUUUUCCUUCGUUCGUUUUUAUUUAAAAAAAAAAAAAAAAGAUAAACCAAAAAUAUUAAAAUUUCUAACUAUUCCAUCAAUGAACGGUUGGAUGUUAAAUAUUUUUGAAUUCAAGUAUCUGCUCCCUCUAUCUAUUUAUGAUCUUUUCCUUGACAACUAUUAUUGUUGUGUUCGUGCGAAUGCAAUGGUUCAAAUGUGAUUUAGUUAA